AUGACCGUCGACACAUCGAACAUUCUCAACUUUGCAGACACCCUCAUACGCCAGUUCGAGCAAAAGGUCGAUGAACAAGGAAAUGUCUCCAAGCGCGGGUUCGAGCGCGGCGACUUGAAUAAACUGCUCUCCCGAUUCCUAAGGGACACACCAGACCCAAAAUACCCGGGCAUCCUCACAUACGGAAAUCUCGUAGUGUGCAGCAGGAAAUAUGGGCCAGUUUUUGUUGCCAUUGGGGCUGAAGCAUUCGAUGGAUUACUAACACCUGACGGGGAGGCUCCCGCCUGUGAUCGAAAUGUCCAUAAAUAUGUUUGCGAUAUACUGGCCGCCAGGCUACGCUCUGCGUUCGCGGACAAGAAUAAUAAGCCUCGUGAUGGGUGGCCGCAGUACGGGGCUCUCAUUUAUGGUCAUGACAUAGCUGUCUUUAAAGCGGAUUCCGAACAUCGCCUACAAUGGGUGGAGUUUGAGGGGGAGAGAGUGCAUCAUGUUCUCUGGGGGAGGAUUAUACGUCUCUUGGAUGAGAUCGUUGGGGAAUUUCAGAUCCCGGAUGAGAUGGGGACAAAUUGA